CGAAAAAUGGUGGUAUUUUUUGAAAAUUUUGAAAACGGGUGGUAUUUUUGUUCUUUUUAGUGGUAUUUCUAGAAAAAAAAUUGUCUCAAAUUUAAUUUCUUGAAUAAUGAACUAAUAUUCUAUAUGGGCUGGAGAUCCUGGAGCAAUUUUACCUUCCUGUCGACGUGGGGUUUGAUGAAUUGGGCUUGAGGCCCAAGCAAGAAAGCCCUCUCUAUCGAGCAUGCCCAGUUGAUUCUCUAUCGAACUCCAACUGCCAUCACCUUCCCGAGGGUUUAGGGAAGGAUUCGAAGCCGAAAAAAGCGAAAACCUUCUCCCUCUCCCUCUCUCCACCGACUCCCGCCGCCGGAAAAGCUUCGAUUCCACAGGUAAUCACCAUCUCCUUGUUCGUCGUCUUUUUCGUUGUCUUCAAUUGGGAAGCCAAACAGAACUUGGAUUCUUCGCACCUCGAGAAUUUCUACCGAUUAGUAAUUAGCUUCAGUGAGAUUGAUACAGAGGGAGGAGAACCAGCUAAUGAUUCGAGGGUUUCAUUUCGUUAUUUGUUUGGACUAUAGGUGUAAGGAAGCGAAAGAGUAUUUGCUGCGUGAUGGCAAUGGCGGAAGAGGAGCAGAAGCCACUUGCUUACGUACCAGAGAUUGUUCUGAAGAAGAGGAAGCACAAGGAGGAAUCCAUAGCGCUCACGAGGAAGAAUCAGCUGGAGUUGGGGGCUCGUGCUGAGAAGAAGAGGAGAGUUCACGAUAUCAAGAGGCCGGAGCACUUUGUCAAGGAGUACAGAGACAGGGAAUUGGAUCUCAUACGGAUGAAGCAGAGGACUAAGAGGCCAAAGACAACGAGAUCAGCAGUGCCCAAGUCGAAGCUUUUGUUUGUGGUGCGGAUACAAGGAAAGAACGACAUGCACCCGAAAGUUAGGAAGAUCCUUUACAAGCUAAAGCUGAGCAAAGUCUUUGAUGGUGCGUUCAUGAGGGCGAGUGAAGGAGUGUUAGAGAUGUUAAAAAGGGUGGAGCCGUACAUCACAUAUGGGUAUCCAAGUGUUAAAACUGUCACUGAUCUGAUAUACAAGAAGGGUCAUGGAAAGAAGGACAACCAGAGAGUUGCCUUGAUAGACAACAAUAUCAUUGAACAGGCAUUAGGCGAAUACGGUAUUCUAUGCCUGGAAGAUCUCGUUCACGAGAUCACAACCAUUGGACCACACUUCAAGGAGAUCAAUAGCUUCCUGGGACCAUUUUCUCUCAACAAGCCGAAAGAUGGGCUGCAAGGCAAGAAAGCGCUGUUCAAGGAUGGCGGUGACUCUGGAAAUCGCGAAGAUAAGAUUAACGACUUGAUCAGUAAGAUGAAUUAGUUUCAAGGUGUCCUUUUGUUUUGUUCUUUUGUUUGUUGGUAGAGUUUCAUGGCUUCUUUUGCUUGUAUGUUUUAAGUGCAUUUCACCUAAGGAUUGCAAGACACUGAAAGUAAAUUCUUCAGGCAUGUAUCACAAAAUUUUGUCUACUGCUGCAUUGUCUACUUUUGCUUGGAUGUUCUGUUGCCUUCUAUCUAGAGACUUUGUUAGGAAAGAAUCAGCUUAGAUUGCCAUCUUUGAUUUGAAACUUGAAAGACGCAUAUCUCCCAUUUUCUUUCCUCCCCAAGCCAAUUUGACAGUAGCGUAAUAGGCGGUGUUUGCAAAACCAUAUUGUACCGGUGGUUCAAUCGAAAAACCUUAGUCUAAGUCGAUAGACAAUUUUACUUGUAUGGAACAGAAAUUACGGUUUAAAUACAAAAUAUUUCAUUAC